AUGAAUCAAUCAAGACAUUUCAUUGGAUCUAAUCCAUUGAACGCUAAUUCCUCUUUGAUAAGAAGUAAAAGUUUUCAACAUAUUACAACUAACUAUCAUAAAUCAUCAAUAAUGAAAUUAUGGAAAAAUGAACAUUGGAAUUUUAUUCCAUGGAAAUCUGAUGUAACAUUAUUUCAAAGUGAUAAUACACUUGAAAUGGAUCAAAGAUCAUGGUUAUACUUAGAUUAUAAUACAAAAUAUAUACAUGAAACAACAGUUUAAAAAAUAAAACAAAACAUCAUUGAGUAUCUAUACACAUCUCUUCAGUAAUCUGUCUAGUAUGGAUCAAGUCAGUGAAUGGAGUAUAUACACUAUCCUUGUAUAUGAUAUCUAUGAUAAAGUAGACUAUGGUUAAGAAUGAUUCUGUAUCAAUGGCUAACUAUUAACUUUUGUCAUAAUGAUGAUUAUAUAAAUUGUACGUAUAUAUAUUACGCUUGGAUAUUUGCCGAUAAAAUCAAUACUGG